GCAAAAAUAUGAAUCACAUAGGAUAUACACAACUUCAAACGAGACCCAAGAUAACUCCCAUAUUCAUACCACUCUUACGAAUCAAAAGUUGACUCUUCCCCACACCCAUCGACCAUUCCGAAGACCCUUCAUAGUGUAGGGAAUAUAAUAAAUGGAAAAGGAAAAACAUACAAAACGCAACCAAACAAAGUAAACAGACACGAACCGUGUACGAGUGCGCACUCCUGGUCGAUGGGUAAACCGCAAUCAAAGCGUUCCGAGGCAACUUAAUUUGGGUUAGGCCGGGAACAGUACGUGCCAUCCGCUUGGAUGGAGUCGUUGUCGUUGCCAUCAUUGUCCUCGAUGUCGAUGCCAUCGCCAAUGGAGAGCCUGACCAUUUGUGAGCAGGAUGAGGAGGAGCAGGAGUUUAGCUUCCGCUAUCCAAGCUAUAUGUUCCCCGAUGUGGACUACGACAAGGACGAUAUACCCCUGCCAUUCAAGGCCACGCCGGACUCGCUCUUUAACCUUUGUGCUGCUGUCGUGGAUGCCCAGGGCCGCACGGAGGUGUUCAAGUGGAGCAUCAAUGACGUGGCCGAUUGGCUGCGCGACUUCGGGUAUCCUGAAUACGAACAAACCUUCAAAGAGAACUACAUCGAUGGGCACAAGUUGCUCAACCUCGACGCCAUAUCCUUGGUGGCUCUAAAUGUACGUAACUUUGAGCACAUCCGUCACCUGGGACGUGGCAUUCGAGCCCUCUAUCGGAAGGAGCUCCAGACAGCCACGGAGACAAAGCAGCACAGUGAGGUCUACAAGACCUUUAAGGCACGCACGGGCAGGAGCUACGAAGGAUUGCGCGAAACGGAGCUUCUGGGACGGAUGCACAUGAUCCGCUCUGUCUUCCGGGACGUCAACGAUUGGGAUAUGAUGGAGCUGCAUAUGGCUCGGGCACCGAUUAGACGGUAUCGCGAGGUGCUUGCCAACUCUAGGCGCUACAAUCUCUACGGACCGUCGACGGCACGCAGAGAGCCUAUUAUCAUGGACGAUGUGGAUACCACAUCUUGGUUUGAUUUUGGCGAUUGCUAUUAGGUUUUUAGUUGAUUGAAAUAUGCACAUAGGAACUAAUUCUAAAGAUUUAUUGAACUAUCGACGAUAUUAAGAAAUAAUAGUGAAGUCUCUUUGAAAGACAGGUAGUCUUCUCAAUCGCUUGAUAUCCAUUCCUCUUUGCGUGAUGCGCCCAGAGGGAAUAUACAUAUAAGAUCUUCUACCUUGAAGCGUUAAUUAGAAGAAACACUAGGCAUGGGACCACCCACGAAAGCAUCCACUUAAGAACAUAAAGUAGAUCAUUACUAUAUCUUGCAAAACUGAACACAUGAAUGUUAAAUUGUCAAUUUUUUCAGUCCUCAAACAAUGGCUUGCUGAUAUACUCAUGUUCCAUCUAUUAAAAACCCACUUUUACUGCCCAUA